AACUCUGCCUAUGACUUGCAAAUGUCAUAGAGCGCCAUGGAGUAAUAAUAGCACGUGUGAUAUUUCCAUUCGGGACACUCUAUUUUGUGCCAGUGGAUUAGUCCAUCAUGGAAACGGAGGUCAAGGGUUGGCUGCCUUGACAACCGUUUCAAAAUGGCGGCGCAGGAGAGUAUUUUUGCUGGUCUGAUCCCAACAGUCGCUGAUAUCACCAACAACCUCCCGUCCCUGCAGUUCGAAAGCGCGCUGACAGACCAGGAGAAACCCCUGCUUGUUCUGAGGACCAGAUCUCACGCCCUGACAGUGUGCGCGUGCGCACAGGCGGCGUAUCUGGUGGCUAUCCUGAACGAAGCAAGGUACUAUAAACUUAAUCUCCAAGCAGAUCUUUUGGUGGGGGUAAGACAGUAUCAAAUUGGCCAGUCUGUAUCCAUUUCCCCCGGAUACAGACUGGCCAAUUUGAUACUGUCUUACCCCCACCAAAAGAUCUGCUUGGAGUAUUACCCUCCCCCCCCAGUGAAACUGGAGGAGCAAGGUGUGACAUGUCUCUAUGACAACAGAAGGGUGGCAGCCUCCAGUGAUGUGCUAUUCCUGUGCUGUCUGCCCUCACAGCUGCCUGUUGUGGCUGAGGACAUCAAAGGUCGCAUUGCUGCCCACUGUACGGUGUACAGCUUUGUGAUUGGGGUGCCCCUCCCACGCUUCAAACAGAUAUUCAGAUUCUCCAACGUGCUGAAGCCGGAGUUCAGCUGGAAAGAUGAUGGCCAGGCCAGGUGGGAGGUGUCUAAGGAUGUGUGCUCUGCCCUAGAGGACAGUCGAGUAGCUGGCCUGACUUGCCCACUCACUCCCCAGCCAGAUGAGUGUCUGAUCCGGACGGGUGAGAAGUGGGUGGAGUUAGCAGUGUACAUUUUCCUGAACAUGUGCUCGGACAUGAAGCUGUCCUGGGAGCAGAGUCUGGACCUGGCCAACACCGUCAUCCUGGGGCAGACCAGCACACACCCCGCUGCCGCUGUCUUCUCUACUGAAAACUUCACCAAGAACAUCGCCAACCCUGCAGCACUCUUCCCCAGAUUUGACCUCUCACUUGUGACCGAGAACGACACGCCCUUGACCCGCUGCUUCAAGGAGAAUCAUGCCAUCCGGAAUCUUUUCUCCAAGAAAUACGUCUCCAUCUUUGACAAGUUUUACUACUGGAAGGGCAUCAAACAGGUCAAGCAGAAAAAGCAAUGAAGAGAAUAAACUGUUAUAGCUAAACCAAGAAACAGAAAGUCUCUAUCAGUUGUACAUGUAUAUAUACUGUACUCUUUAAAAGAUGUGACAUCUUUGUGCAUUGUGAAAAUAGUAAUCUGCAAAGAAAGGGUUUACUUGUAAUAUAUAUUUCAUUGUUCUUUUGUACAUAUGGAUUAUUAUUGUAUUCAAUUCAGCAUUGUUUACUAAGAAUAAAGUAUAUUCUUAGAAAAAAAUUGGUAUUUAUCUGGUGAAUUGAUCAUGCCCUUGGCUUGGUUGACAUAAUCCUAGAAAAUGUCUGGGUUAAUUUGAUUGGUAUAUACAGAUAAUGUUAGCAGCAUGUGGCCGUAUCACUGUUGUUCAACAUUAUUGUUUCACUUGUGAAUAUCCUCUAGUAUUGCUAUAUCAUCUGGUUUGUUACUAUCUACACUGAACUUUAAAGUUUGGCCCAUGCAGUAGAAUAUCACAAUAUCAUAUAGCAGCAAGAUGCAGUCAUUAACUAUUGCGUCACAUUUUAAGGUACAAACACCACACCAGACUUAGCACAACACUUCAGUGACAUUGUGGACAUUGUUACAUAUAGACACUACAGCAUUUUUUGGUGAAAAACGAUGAGUAGAAAAAUUAUUUGGCAGUUUCUAUGUAUGUGAAACAUAACAAUGGUAACUUAUGACUUGGAAAGCCUUGAGAAAUUUGGAACUCAUUUUCAAAGCCAAAUAUGUGUAUAACUAGAAACAAAUCUAUCACUAAUACACUAGGGACACAAUCAAGCACUUCAAAAUGAAGGAUACAAAUUUUUCUGUAUAUCCAGUUAGAAGUCAAAAUGUAGGACAUAAAAAAAUGGUACUUUUCAGUAUUUAAAAAUGCUUUUCCAGAUAUAAGUGACC